CGCUGCAGCAUGCCCUCCUUCCCCAACGACUCGGAGUGCCUCCUGCGUAACUGCAGCUGGGAGGAGAUCUACAACACAAGCGGCGCUGAUCAGUCUGCACCUCCGCUCAACUACUACUCAAUCCCUCUCCUCACGUUAAUCACCGUCGCCUGUUCGCUGCUGUUUCUGGUUGGAAUGACAGGGAAUGUCAUGACCAUCCUGGUGGUGAGCAAGUACAGGGACAUGCGCACCACCACUAACCUCUACCUGUGCAGCAUGGCUGUGUCCGAUCUGCUUAUUUUUCUUUGCAUGCCACUGGACCUCUAUCGUAUGUGGAGGUACCGGCCUUGGAACCUCGGAGAUGCGCUCUGCAAACUUUUCCAGUUCGUGUCAGAGUCUUGCACCUAUUCCACCAUCCUGAACAUCACCGCGCUGUCAGUGGAGCGCUAUCUGGCUAUAUGUUUCCCACUGCGCGCCAAGGCUCUGGUAACCAAAAGGAGAGUGCGCGCACUGAUCUGCAUCCUUUGGACGGUAUCCCUGUUUAGCGCAGGGCCUGUGUUUGUUCUGGUGGGAGUGGAGAGGGACAGUAAUGAACAAUCUAACACUUUGGACGUUGAAGACACGCGGGAGUGCAGGAUGACGCAGUACGCAGUUGAGUCGGGUCUAAUGGGAGCCAUGGUGUGGCUGAGUUCGGUGUUUUUCUUCAUGCCAGUGUUUUGUCUGACGGUGCUGUACAGCCUCAUAGGCCGCAGACUGUGGCAGAGGCACAGAGAGACUAAUAUGAGCUCCCGUGUGGCUCACAGGGACAAAAGUAAUAGACAGACCAUCAAGAUGCUGGUGGUGGUUGUGCUGGCGUUUGUCUUGUGCUGGUUACCCUUCCACGUGGGUCGCUACCUGCAGUUCCGCUCCCUUGACGCUCCAUCUCCACUGCUGUCCGUGCUGUCUGAGUACUGCAGCCUGCUGUCUGUCGUGCUCUUCUACCUGAGCGCAGCGAUAAACCCUAUCCUCUACAACACUAUGUCAUGGAAGUACCGCGGUGCGGCAGCACGCCUAUUUGGACUGACUGACGGCCAGCCAUCCCGGUGCCGCACAGCCAGCACUUUAAAGGGAGAUAGCUCGAAUGGCUGGACCGAAUCCACAGUGAGUUUGUGAAUGCAACUUUGUUGAUCCAAAGACCUGAAAUGCAUUAC